AUGACAAACAACGGAGGUGUUCCUCCGGGGUUCCGGUUUCACCCAACCGAUGAAGAACUGCUUCAUUUCUACUUGAAGAAGAAGAUUUCUUUUGAGAAGUUUGAUAUGGAUGUCAUUAGGGAAAUUGAUUUGAACAAGAUCGAGCCAUGGGACCUACAAGAGAGAUGUAAGAUAGGGUCAACACCGGAAAAUGAGUGGUACUUCUUUAGCCAUAAGGAUAAGAAGUACCCGACUGGAUCAAGGACGAAUCGAGCAACAAAUGCUGGUUUUUGGAAGGCAACCGGACGAGAUAAGUGCAUUCGUAACACCUUCAAGAAGAUUGGUAUGAGGAAAACCUUAGUUUUCUAUCGCGGACGAGCUCCUCAUGGUCAAAAGACUGAUUGGAUCAUGCAUGAGUAUCGCCUUGAAGAUAUCGAUGAUCAUCAUCAUCAUGAUCCUCUCAAGCCCAUCUCUACUUCUUCUGAAGAUGGAUGGGUGAUUUGUCGCGUUUUUAAGAAGAGAAAUUUGUUCAAGAUAGGGGGAAACGAAGCUAAUUCUAGUGGUAGCGUUGCAUCAGAUCAACGCACCAACAAUAUGACCCAACCGCGUACUUUCCCUUACGGUCAAGAAAAUAAUCAAUAUCUACCAUACCAUCACCAUCAACAACAGAACUUCGAUUUAGGCCUUAAUUACACUCAUCAAUACCCUCACCUUAUCCCUACCCAUAAGUCUCUUGGAUAUGGUUUCUUGAAUCUACCUUCUGAAGAUUCACCGCUCAUGGUUAGACAGCUCAUGUCUAACCCUAGAGAAUGUGAUAGUGGAAGCUGUGAAAACCAACUUGAUGUAGGAUACCAAGCUUGUGAGCCUGGUUUAGAGGUUGACACCUCUGAACCAGCUCAAAGAAUGGUUAAUGCAAACUUAAGAGAAGAGACUUUAAACGAGUGGGGAAUGAUGGAUAGGCUUGUAACUUCACACCUUGGUCAACCUAAUAACAAUGAUGCCAAUUCAACAAAAGGAGUCUUGAGGUAUCGAGAUGAUGCAACAUCAUCUUCUUCAAUGCAACCAAUUAAUCAACUCUCUUUGCGAGGAGGGAUGGAAUUUUGGGACUAUGCAAAAUAG